UGUUGGCAACGGAUCUCCAUGCUGUGGAAAUGUCGGUUUGGAUGUUUUCACCUGUCAAACAGAACAAAGAGAAUUUAAUCUGAUUGCCGUUUGACCCGAGUUAUAAACCAUUAGCUACCUGUCAUUUAUCGGCAUAUGUGGAACCAACGGACGACAGCUGAUAGGAAAAACUGGCGGAGUAAAGCCCAAUUAGCCAAGGCAUCUGGUGCUUGUUCCGCUAGUGUCCAAAAUAACCAUGCUCAAGACCAAAUCGAAUAAAACCACGGUGAAAUCAACAGGACAGGGAAACAUCGCCUUCUUUUUCUCUCCUCAGAAACAGAAGGCCUCAACACCUUCCAACAAAUCACCAACAACUGCUACCAGACUCACUUCUACUGUGCAUCAGAUUAAAGAUGGUAUUAACUCCCCCAUCCUCUCCACCUCCAGUAGAAGCAUCCUUCAGGAGCUUGAGAACCUUGCCCCCUCCUCCCCGGGUCUUCUGCAAGCUAUUCCUGAGACUCCACAUAGUCAGCUCCGACCCACUUUCACUUCUACCUCUGGAGACCCAGGCCAGCCCUUCCCACAGCAUCACAAACGGAUAUCAAAUCUCUUCAGGGUAGGCCAGCUGUCCCCUCUCUGCCGAAGUCCCCGCUCCAGAGGGUUGGGUCUGCGGACUGUAAUGUUAGGGGAGGGGAAAAAAGAGGGAUUUUCUUCAGUUAGGAGACUCCUCAGUCCACCUGAAGUAUCCCACAAUGCUAAGAGGCCCAGAACUACUGAAACAGACGUAACAAAAUCUAUGAUUGGCUCCAAACCUAAAGGCCCAAAAUUAGAAAGGCCUGCCAUUGGUCCCCGGAGCAAACUUUGCUCACCCAAAGGCCACUUCCAAUCAGUUGCGCAGCCUGGGAAGUUAAAAAGUCAGGGGUUAAAAGUGAAUCUCUUGGGGGUGGAUCAAGUGGGGCUUAUUGGCAGCAGAAAGGAAGGGACGUCUCUGAAGCCUUUGCCUGUAAGAGGAGUAUCCAUCCAAACUUUCAAGGGCUCAAAACUACACCAGGAAGAGAAAGCUGAAGAUGAAGACAAGUGUACAUUUACUGUCCUAACGGAGCAGAGAGUUGCUGAGGCCAAAGUCACUGUAGCGGCCCACAGCCCAACACACACUUUGGGCACUGCAUGCGAUAUAGAUAUACACGCUGUUAAAGGUGAUGCAUGUAAAGCUUUUUCACACACACUUGAUGCUCAUGUGCUCAAACAUGAUACACACACUAUCACAGUCACAACACAGGAGAUAGCUGUCGAGGGAGAAUCUGGCGUGGACAAAGAAGUGGAUGAAGGAAUGGCCAUGAAAUCAUCGGUGCUAGACAAAACUGCUGUGCCAUUACCGGGUCAAGAGGGAGCACAAGGCCUAACAUCAUUGCAGAGUCCCAUUGAGGUGAUAGUUGAGGACAAUUGGUUUGAUGAACAGAUAGAUCUGGAUGCUGACCUUGUCAGGGGAGAGAAAUUAAAUCCACCACCUAAGGUACCAGACCAUGUGAUCCUGUCUGGGGGCCUAAACAACCGUUAUUGGGUUUUGGAUGUGAAAGAGGCCCCUGAUCAAAAAAUACUGACCAUCUCCAGUUCUAAAACGCUGCAGCCCACUGAGACAUGUCUGCUGAAAGAUGAAUGGGAAACUAGUCCGGUGUCCAUAGGCGACAUAGUGCAUUUGGAAGGCCGAUGUGAUGCUGGCUGCUGGUUGGUGAACAAGGAGCAGGGCCUCCUGGUUUUAUUUCCUGAUUUGCUGAUAUCAGGGACAAACAUUUCCAGUGCCAUCCGCUGCAUGAGGCGUGCUGUGUUGGGAGACAUGUUCAAGAGUUUUGACGGCGGUUCAAAACAGAUGCUGAAUGGUACCAUGGUUCAUGAAGUUUUCCAGAAGGCUGCUAUGGCUAAGGACUUCUCUGAGGAGACACUUUCUCACCUGGCUGACCAAGUCCUACUCAGCCCACAGCACCUGGGUGAUAUGUACAGUUUGGGCGUGAAACAGGAAGAGAUGAAACAGGAGCUGCAUAGUUAUCUGCCAUCACUCAAAGACUGGGCAAACAAAUACCUCGAUCCUUCAAAACCAAAACCAAUCAACCUAAAACUCAAAAGAGGAGCUCUUGGCAGGGGGCAGGACUCUUCAGCACCUGUCGUCACCUUAACAGAGUUAGCAGAUAUCGAGGAGAAUGUGUGGGCUCCACGGUUUGGCUUGAAGGGGAAGAUAGAUGUGACAGCGCGUGUCAAAAUCCAGAGAGCACGCAAUGAUAGUCGCAGAACACCACAGGAAAUGAUUAUGCCCCUGGAACUGAAAACUGGAAGGGAGACAAACUCAGUUGAGCAUCGAAGCCAAGUAAUACUAUACACACUGAUGAGCGUGGCGAGGCAUGUGGAUGCUGAAGCUGGCUUUCUGCUUUACCUAAAGACGGGCAACCUUUACCCAGUAGUGGCUGACCACAUGGACCGCAGAGAGUUAUUGAAGAUUAGGAAUACCCUGGCCCAUCAUCUCGGCAACAGAGUGGAGAAAGUGGCAGGGGAGAGCCGUCUGUCCAGUCUUCCUGACAUCCUGACCAACAGACAAACUUGCCAGUACUGUCCACAGAGAAGAAAUUGUGCCUUAUAUGGGAGAGUGGUGGAGAAUGGUUCUCGAGACAUCUCCCAUGAUGCUGUGCGUGACUUCCUUCAAGAGGAGACCAGUCACCUGACUGCAACACACUUAAACUACUUCUCCCAUUGGCUAUUGCUCUGCUGUCUUGAGGCGGUUACCAUGGAGACCAAAAGUGGCCGCAGGCAUGUCUGGCUGCAGACUAGUGAAGAGAGGGAGAAGAGUGGGGGCUGUCUGGGAAAUCUACAGCUCACGGGCAAGGUGAUUGCCCAGCCUGAGGGUAUUUUCCUACAUCACUUUGAGCGAAGAGGCGUUGCCUUACAGCAUGGUGUUAGCGGUUUAGCUGAUGGGGACCGAAUCGUCAUGAGUGACCAGGAAGGCCGUCUAGUUGGUUUGGCCACGGGCUACCUGUGCCGGGUCAGCGGGUCAUCGGUCACUUGCACGCUGGACAGGGACCUGACUAAGUUCAGUAGUGUAUUGUUUCGGCUGGACCAUGAUGAGGGGGUGGUCGGUUUCAGUACUCACCUCACAAACCUCUCCAAGCUAAUGGAAAGCUGUCACAACGGUGAUCGUUUAAGGGAGCUGGUUGUUGACCUCCGUCCCCCAGAAUUCAUUUCCAACCUCAGUUCUGUCCUGCCCAGAGAUGCCAAGGAUACUGUUGCUAACAUACUCAAAGGUCUGAACAAGCCCCAGAAACAGGCCAUGAAGAAAGUGUUAUUGUCUAAGGACUAUACACUGAUUGUUGGCAUGCCCGGGACAGGAAAAACCACUACAAUUUGCACUCUGGUCCGCAUCCUCUAUGCAUGUGGUUAUAGUGUCUUGUUGACCAGCUACACCCACUCUGCUGUGGACAACAUCCUGCUGAAGCUCAAGCGCUUCCGGGUUGGUUUCCUACGUCUGGGGCGGGGACAAAAGGUCCAUCCAGACAUCUUGCCGUACACGGAGGAGAGUGGGAGGAGGAAUGGAGUUUCCACUCUGUCAGAACUGGAACAGCUGUAUAACAAAGAGCUGAUAGUGGGCACCACCUGUAUGGGCAUAAGACACCCUAUUUUCACCCGACGCCAAUUCGAUUUCUGCAUCGUGGAUGAGGCCUCACAGAUCAGUCAGCCUGUCUGCCUGGGACCUCUAUUCUUUGCCAAGAAAUUUGUACUCGUGGGAGACCACCAACAACUCCCACCCAUAGUACAAAACCAGGAAGCUCGAUUGAAGGGGAUGGAUGAAAGCCUAUUUAAGCGUUUGGCGCGCCACAGUGAUGCAGUGGUUCAACUGACCGUACAGUAUAGGAUGAAUAGGCAGAUUAUGUCCCUCAGUAACACUCUCAUGUAUGACGGCCGUCUUGAGUGCGGUUCUGAGAGGACCGCUACUGCCUUGCUAUCCAUGCCCUUCCUGGUGUCUGUCCAGUCUGAGCUCAGCUCCCUGUCUACAACGCAGCAGGACUUUGCCUGGAUACAAACUUCCCUGUUGCCUAGCAACCCAGUUUGCUUCCUGGAUACCUCACUGGUACCAGCCUUGGAGUCAGUGGAGCAGGGCGGCAUUAGCAACAACACAGAGGCAGUCCUUAUACACAUACUGCUGUCACUGCUGUUAAAGGCAGGUUGUAAGCCUGGUGAUAUCGGCAUCAUCGCCCCUUACAGACAGCAGUUGAAGAGUAUUUCUGCUUUGCUGCAGAGCUCUGUGUUCAGCAGUGUGGAGGUAAACACUGUAGACAGAUACCAAGGACGGGACAAGAGUGUAAUAGUGCUGUCAUUUGUCAGGAGUUCUGCAGAAGAGGGAAAUUUAGGGGAGUUGUUGAAGGACUGGCGUCGUCUGAACGUAGCAGUGACCAGAGCAAAACAUAAGCUGCUGAUGGUGGGCUCUGCCUCUACACUACGACGCUAUGCACCAUUAGAGAAACUACUAAAUCAUCUCAAGCAAGAGAACAUGAUUAUCCAGCUCCCUCCGGCUGCCCACAAGGUUCAACCCAACAUGCUCAUGUGAUGAAAGUCCCCACUCAGCCAAAAGCUAUGAUGGUCUUUCGGGUGCAGUUUGUCCAGCAACUGACAAUUUAUACAGACAAUGGUACUCGCACUCUGUUGGAACAAAAUCAUCUGACAUGUCAAUGGGAUGUAUAUUGAAAAUCUUUUGCUCAUUUAAUGACACACCUUCCCUUUGGUACCGU